UGUGAAAAAUCAGUGCAACUUGUAAAUUAAAAUUUUGUUUACUCAAUAAUUUUAUUAACUAUGAAACGAUAACGAUUUUAUUACUAAAACAUACAUGUAUUUUUAAGUACUUAAUAUUUUUACCUCACUAUUAUAUAGUAAGUGCAUUUAAAAUUUAAAUUGUAACUAGACUGCUCGGUGCAUAAUAAAAAUAUUUAAUUUUAUUGUCUUUUAUUCAGUCAUUUGUUUUUUUUUCUUUUUUUUUAUGAUGAUUAUUAUUAUUAUUCACCGCACUUGCAUAAUAAUCUAGCGGAAAUUAUAGAGUAGACACGCAAAAUAAUUUAUAAUUUAUCAGUCAUCGAGGUCGUGCUGGAAAAAUAGAAAAAAAUUUUUUUAAAUAAAUUUCGUGUUCGAGUAAAAAAAAUCUUUACUCUAAUUUUUAAUCUUCGAUAGCGGCAUCCGCCUCUUAUUUAUCAUUAUUUAAAAAUAUUUAUUACACAUUCUGUAAUAUACAGCGUGACCACAACGUGCGCAAUUAAAAUUAAAAUUAAAUUUUAUGCAAGUUCAUGAGUCAAAAAUUGCGGCGGUGUUUUUUAAAAAUUUUUAAAAAUAAAUUACUGACAGGUGAUUAAUUAAUGAAUCUAUUAGCACUCGAUAUAAGAAAAGGGGGAAGUAAAUCAAUAAAAAUGAUAAGAAUAGCCUCAUGCUAUUUAAAACGUAUUACUGUUGUGAUUUUACUUGCGGCAUUUGUUUACUGUGUGGUCCAAGUACUGAAAUCGGAGUUAAAUUUUAAUGACAAUGAUUUGUCUAACAGUGACAAGCUGAUGCACAUUUCCCAGUUGAUAAGAGACUCGAGUAAGCAGAAAAAAUACACAGAGGACGGGGUGGAGGCUUGCAAGCUUCCUGAGCUGGAGGUAAACAACCCGGAGAUUUUGAAAUUCAUUCAUGAUGUGCCGCCGCUUCAGUGUUCACCUGAAGACUGGGUUACUGUCGAGGGUUCGCGGGUUUUUAUCCUAAAACGGGCCCGCGAACGCUAUGGUCCAAUCACUUGUGCCUUCAGUGAAAUUUUACGUGUAGACGAUUAUACUGUACGUCUUACUGAGCCCCGUGAAUCUGAAGACUCGUAUAUUUUACGUCACAGUGAUUUUGUUGAUGUUAAAUGCGAAUCUAAAAUUGGUAAUCAAUGGCACAGUGUCUUGGCUGGUGUAAAAGAAGACCCAGAGAUAAAAAAAACAAUAGCCUGGGAAAAUGUACCCGAAGGUGGUUUAAAUUUAAAUGUCCUUAUGUUCGGGUUCGACUCUUUAUCUCGCAACACAUUUAUCAGAAAACUUCCCAAGACUUAUCAGUACAUAAAGCAGUCGCUUAACGCCCAAGUACUCGAGGGCUACAACAUAAUCGGGGACGGAACACCCCAAGCCUUGAUACCAAUUCUUACCGGUAAAAUAGAGCUUGAACUUCCGGAAACUCGCAGACGAAUGGGCUCACAGGCAAAUUACGUCGACGUCUACCCGAUGAUCUGGAAUAAAUACAAAGACAGCGGUUACAUAACCGGAUUUAUGGAAGACGUUCAUCACAUCGGCACGUUUACUUACCGUCUCAAAGGCUUCAAAGAGCAGCCGACUCAUCACUACAUGCGCACAUAUUAUUUAGCAGCUGAGCCGUACUUCAAAUACUCGAAAAAAUUCUGCAUGGGCGGAGUUCCGCGGCACGUUAUCAUGAUGGAUUACAUUAAAAAUAUAUAUGAGGUCUAUCGGGACAAGCCGAAAUUUAUUUUCGGGUUUCACGGCGAGCUGUCUCAUGACUCGUACAACGAUAUCGGGGUCGCUGAUAAUGAUUUAUUGAAGUGGAUAAAGAUCAUGCAGGACCAAGGACACUUGAACAACACGAUAAUGAUAUUGAUGAGCGACCACGGACACAGAUUCGCUAAAAUACGGAACACCGUCGCGGGAAAACAGGAAGAAAGGCUGCCGUUCUUCGCAUUUAUAUUCCCGCCCUGGUUCAAACAAGUCCACCCCCGUGCUUACGCAAACUUCGUCUACAACACACGUCGCUUAUCAACGCCCUUCGAUAUCCACAAAACUCUCGAAAGAAUAUUAAAAAUGGAGACUCCGAAAGAUGCUGACAUCGGGCAGCGAGACGUCAGUCUGUUUGACAAAAUUCCCGCGGACAGGACGUGUGCGGACGCUUUCAUUGAGCCGCACUGGUGUGCUUGUCUAACAUGGCACGAAAUUUCGACGAGCAACAACACCGUGGUCGAGGCCGCGCUCAGUUUUGUCAAAUUUUUGAACUCCUAUACUCAGGAGCACAGAGACAUUUGCGAAGUCCUCAAGCUAGAGGAGAUUAUGUGGGCGGCUAAAUUAAUUCCGACAAAGGGUUUGUUGAACUUUGAAAAGUCGAGUGACAAAGACGGAUUCAUUGGAGACUUUAGUGCCAAGACCCACGUGACCAAUGAAAUUUAUCAGAUAAAAGUUAAGUUAUCACCCGGUGGUGGGAUUUUUGAAGCCAGCAUUGAUCAUAAUAUUGAAAAAAAUAUUUUUACUGCUAAGAUUUCUCAUGUCAGCAGGAUAAAUAAAUACGGAACGCAAGCAAGAUGCGUAGAAAAUGAAUUUUUCCAUUUGAGAAAAUACUGUUACUGUAAAAAUUAAUUUUAUUUUUAAUUCUUGUUGAUAUUUAUUGUAAUUAUU